GCGAGAACACAACAUGCGUCUGAGCAACUAAACACGCAGGACCUUGCGUGAGAAAAAGAUACAAAAUAUUAUCUUUAAUUUGAUCCCGAAUAAAGUCACGAUCUCUACAGUGAGGACGUGAGGGUCUCCCCUGUAUUAAAUGGCAUUCUCUGGGGAGUCUGCUGUGCUUGUUGCCUCUGUUACUGCGCUGGAGUUUCUGGGCGAUGAAUUCCUGCUGACAGGUGAAGGACCAAUCUUGUCUGUGUACAGUCUUCAAACAUCACCUACAAAAUGUGCGUCUUUGAAUGUUCUCCAGAACUUCCGUAUCCAUGGUAUAAGACCUAGAAAGAAACCGCAAUCUGAAGAAAGACAACCCAACAUCAUCAUUUCAUCUGAAGGUUCUGUUUGGAACGAGGAAGAACGGCUGAUUGUUUUUGGAGGUAAAGGUGUGCGUCUCAUCACCUUCAGCUCUCAAGGGCAGUGCCUGAAGCCAUCUGGCCCUCUAUUUGAGCUGCAAGAUUGGGUGCUAGACAUUCAUUGGUUGGAAGGAGAUCCCCACACACUUAUGGCUGUAUCCUUGGCUCACAAUGCCCUGCUGCUCCUUGAGGCAGAAUCCGGUAACGUUCUUUCCUUCUACUCUUGUGUGGAGACCUGCCUUCUCUACUCUUCACUUAUAAUUGGCUCAAAGUGGGAUUCUUUAGUUUUGGUGGGCGGGACUGUUUUUAACCAGCUGGUGCUUUGGAGACCCAGAGGAACCAAACCUGAUGGCCAAUCCCAAGUAGAGAGACGUUUGCUGGGCCACAGUGGAGUCAUUUUUAAUCUCUGCUACCUCCAAAAGCCCGGAUGGCUGGCAUCAGCCUCGGAUGACCGCAGUGUUCGCGUGUGGAAUGUUGGCUCGCUUGGGGGAGAUGCUGGAUGCGGAGAGGAAUUGCCCACAUGUCUGCGGGUGCUGUACGGACACCAGGCCCGGGUGUUCUGUGUCAGGCUUACACCCACCCGUGUGUUCAGCGCUGGGGAAGAUGGAGCAUGCUUGCUCUGGGAAUGGGAAGGCGAAGGCAAGGUGGGACGUACUUUUAGAGGGCAUAGGUCAGGUGGGGUGAGGGCACUGGCUAUCAGCGAGGGCAACAUGAGCUGUGGAGGGGGGUGGGUCGCAACUGGGGGGGCUGAUGGAGAGAUAAGAGUGUGGAGAGUGGCGCAAGAGAAUAAGAAAGACGAAGAAGAAGCUCAGGUGGAUCUGGGGUUCAAAGCACGAGGUUGCCCUAAAGUGAUCAGAUUAGUGGGUGAAGGUGCAGAUGUGAAAACACUAGUCUGUACUGAUCAGGGAGAGGUGUGUGUCUAUCAAAGUCAAAGUUGGGAUGGCAUUUGGCAAGGGGGAGUUGACUUCCAUUCGUAUUGUGUAAUGGAGGUCACAAGUAUCCAGAAGUCCAGUUCUGUUGUGUGGGUUUGUGCUGUGGGUAAUCUCAACGGAGGUGUCCAGGUUUUCCCUGUGGGACAGCCAGAUGUGGGUGUGCUGCUUAAAGCUGGUCACGGUAAAGUUCACUCUGUGCUUUGGGUAAAGAGUGUGUUUGACGGGUGUGAGGGUUUGUGUCUACUCGCAUCGGGCUCUGAAGGGACGGUGUAUAGGUGGAAAGUAACAGUGUUAGAAAGUGAAACAGGCCUGCAAAUAGAGAAGAAAAUACUUCCUCCCUUUCUGCUACCACCUUGUGCCAAGCGCUGGCUGACCGCUGCCGUUGCUCUAUCACACAAAGAGGGGUUGUACCUGUGUGGUGACCGCCGAGGGUCACUGCUGCUCUACAUUGAAACGGAGAGAAAUGACCAAAGAAAUAAAGACUUGAAAGAUACAGAGACAGAGAACAGGCAACAGAGAGCAGAGCAAGAAAAACCAAACAAGACUGAAAAUACAUUUAAUGUAAAGGAAAACAUUGACCCUCUGUCUCCCAUCAGCACCCUCUUCGGUGUCCAUGGAAAGCAGGGUGUGACCUCUGUGUGUGAGCAUCAGGGUGUGUGUUACACUACAGGUCGAGAUGGAUGUGUACGAAUACUAACUAUUGAAGAAAAGGUUCUGACCGUCCGUCGAAUUCAGCGAGCCUGCAGAGGAAUGGACUGGCUGGAGAAGGUUCUGUUUCUGAACUCUCACAGACCAGAACUAGAAGAGACGAUUGAAAGGGUUGAGGAGCGGGAGGAGGUAACACAUAAUGAAAGUAUCACUGAGGCUCGCUUCGUCAUGGUUGGCUUCCACUCCAUAAACUUUGUUAUAUGGGACCCACACAGACAAGAGAAACUCUUAUCGGUUUCCUGCGGAGGAGGCCAUCGAUCCUGGGUGUACAGACUCCCGACACACACCCACAUACACCCUCAGCCACACACGCUCGUACAGGGCACCCUAGUGUUCAUCAAACAUGGAGCCGUCAUCGCGUCUCGUUCACUAGCGUCGACAGAAGCCAAUUUGAAUGGACACACGCUGAAGGAGGGGUUUCAUGGAAGAGGUAUCGGAUGUGUCAAUCGACUUGGUUGUCUCACAAACACAUCAACAGAACUUUGGGAAGUUUUUGUUACUGGUGGGGAGGAUACCAUAGUAAGUGUACUUGCCAUUAAACCGCAGAGUGGAACUGUGAAGGUGCUUGCUGUUCUGACGGACCACAUCUCGAAUGUUCGCACGCUGGCUACUGUCAAAAGAGGAGAAGUGAAUGAAAGUGGGAUGGAUGAGAGCACCUCAGCCCUCUCGUUUAUGGUGUUCUCGGCAGGAGGACGGGCCCAGCUGCAAUGUUAUAGGAUUCUGGUUCGUCUGGAUGAGCUGCGGGAUCAGCCAGUCUGUCAGGUGACUCAGAUAGCAGGGCAUCGAUUGGAUGAGCAGUGGGAACGGAAGCGGAACCGACACAAGACUGUCAAAAUGGAUCCUGAGACUAGGUACAUGUCUAUGGCUGUGGUGCAUGACGGGAAUGAAUGUGUCCUCCUAGCUCUGGGCUGUAGUGAUGGUGCAGUAAGGCUGUUCAGUGUGACUGAGAGCAACAGAAGAAUUGAGAUGCUAUGGGAAUGUUUUUAUCAUCAGAGGUGUGUGCUCAGCGUCACUGCACACAUGCUGAAGGACUCCCAGGGCAAAGAGCUUUUGUUGCUGUUCAGUGGCACUACAGAUGGUUGUAUAUCUGUGUGGGAUUUAACAGCAGUUUUGAACAGUAAGGCCAGAGUCAGCUGGCAGGGUCCACCUGCCCCAUUCUUUUCCAUACCUGUUCACCAAAGUGGAGUCAAUACUCUUGCCUUAUCACAGUUGAGAGUCCCUGGACAAAGAGAAGAAAAUCUCAUCUCAUUGGCCAGUGGUGGAGAUGAUGGACAGCUAUCUUUGCUGCAUAUCAUAGUAAAGCAAGAACAGCAGGAAAAUGGAGGCGUGUCUUUACAGCUGCGUUCUCAUUGGUCAGUCCCCUUAGCACACUCUUCCCCCCUUACCGGGUUGUGUUCGAUAAGCCCUGACUUGCUGGUUUCAACCUCACCCGACCAGCGCAUGUGUUUGUGGAGUGUGAGCAGUGAUGGACUGAUGGACCCACAGAAGGUGCUGUUCUCACACACUGCAGAUGCUGCUGGUUUGUGGGCGUGGUUAGAUGCUGGAUCAGGGGGAGGAGCCUGGGUUGUUGUAUGUGGACAGGGAUUGCAGCUGUUUAAGUUAACACAGGGAGAUAUGGAUAAACAGAAUAACGAUGUGAGGCAAAAAGGUGAUGAGAGAAGGAAAGUGAUGGUUUCUUGAAGACUUCAUAAGGGCUUUAAUUUACAUUGCAUAUUUAUAAAUUAAGAUACCAAAGAGUUUUAACUGUAAAGUUUUUCAAAUAAAAGCUUUUAAUUAAUGUG